AUGGCUCACCUGCCCUUGAAACAAAGCGCUAUAAUUGCUCUCAGCGACGGUGUGCUAGGGUUGGACCACAAUGUCAGCGUUCCUGCCCUGGAAGACGAUAUGAUUCUGGUGAGGAACGCUGCCGUUGCACUGAACCCGAUCGAUACGAAAAUGGUGGGAAAGCUUGCCACCCACGGAGCAGUUGCCGGCAUGGAUUUUGCCGGCGAAGUGAUAGCCAUUGGGCCCAAGGUUCAGACAGCAGUGCCAAUCAAGGUUGGCGACCGUGUCUGCGGCGCAGUUCCAGGGAUGCAUUCAUUGACGCCCAAUGUUGGGGCUUUCGCCGAGUUCGUGGGCGCCACAGACUUGGUCACCAUGAAGAUACCUGACUACAUGUCUUUCGAGCAGGGUGCUUCGUUGGGAAGUGGUAUUGGCACCAUUGGUCUCGCGCUCUUCAAAUCGUUGGAUGUCCCUGGCUCACCCAAGUCGCCCGCAAAUAGACCUGUGGACGUGUUUGUCUACGGCGGCAGUACUGCCACUGGCACACUGGCUAUACAGCUGCUAAAAUUGUCGGGUCUGAAUCCUAUUGCCACCUGCUCCCCGAGCAAUUUCGAACUUGUCAAAUCCUACGGAGCGUCAGCAGUAUUUGAUUACCACCUAGACACAUGUGCCGAACAAAUUCGAAAGCACACUCGAAAUUCCCUCAAGUAUAUCCUUGACUGUAUAUCCGAGCCCGAAACCAUGCAGUUUUGCUACAAUUUGAAGGCGGACUGGGUCCUUGGCCCGACACUUCUUGGAAAGACACUGGCCUGGCCUGAGCCCUUUGGGCGGAAAGGAGAUCACGAGUACAAAACCUUUGGCGUGGAGUGGUUUGCAAUUGCUCAAGAGCUGCUUGACGAUGGCAAGCUGAAAAGUCACCCUCUGAAAGGCAUCGGCACUAGUAUUGGGGAAAUACUGUAUGGACUCGAGGUUCUCAAAAAGAAACGGGUCUCAGGGCAGAAACUCAUUUGCCAAAUUUCCUGA